AUGAGAGAGCUCUCGACCGCGUUCGCGGGUGUCGUGCGUGCUCUUACUACGAGAGCCGCAGCGGAGCAGGGUGGUCUGCUCAGCGGCCAGGAUCCAACUGCCGUCAACCUCAAUGACCCGCUACGAUUGUGGAUUGUUCAGCUUGGUGUUAUUGUCAUGACCACUCAGCUGCUCGCCCUCGGUCUUCGCAAAAUCAGGCAGCCCAAGGUCAUUGCCGAGGUCAUUGGAGGCAUUCUACUGGGCCCCACCGCAUUCGGACGCAUCCCCGGCUUCACAGAGCACAUCUUUCCCCAGGCCUCGCGCCCGUUUUUGUCACUCGUGGCCAACAUCGGUCUCUGCCUCUUCCUCUUUUUGGUCGGCCUCGAGAUCGACGCCCAGGUGAUCAAGCGCAAUGCUCGUCUGUCCGUAACGGUCGCGCUGGCCGGCAUGGUCCUGCCCUUCGGCCUUGGAGCGGGUUUGGCCGUGCCUCUAUAUCAUGAAUUCAUCGACCAGUCGGUGAAGUUCACGAACUUCAUGCUGUUCACGGGCGUGGCGUACUCCAUCACCGCAUUCCCAGUUCUGUGUCGCAUUCUUACAGAGCUCAAGCUUCUCGACACCACGGUCGGCAUUGUUGUGCUUUCCGCGGGUGUGGGCAACGACAUCAUUGGUUGGACCCUUCUCGCACUUAGCGUCGCUCUGGUCAAUGCUGGCUCGGGUCUUAUGGCGCUCUGGAUCCUCCUCGUUUGCGUCGGGUGGACACUGUUCCUCCUUUUCGUCGUAAGGCGUAUAUUGUACUGGGUCGCUCGCAAGACGGGAUCUAUCCGGGAUGGUCCCAGCAUGUUCUUCAUGACGGUUGUAAUCCUACUACUGUUCGGUUCCGCUUUCUUCACCGAUAUAAUCGGGGUGCACGCGAUCUUCGGUGCAUUCCUGGCGGGGAUUAUCGUUCCCAGAGAAGGAGGGCUGGCGAUCGCCUUGACGGAGAAGUUGGAAGACAUGGUCUCGAUCAUCUUCCUCCCGCUAUACUUCACUCUCUCCGGUCUAUCCACUGACCUUGGUCUUCUCAACAACGGCAUCACCUGGGCUUACACCAUUGCUAUCUGUGCACUUGCCUACUUUGGCAAGUUCGGUGGCUGUACCGCCGCCGCUCGUUGGGCAGGGUUCACCUGGCGCGAAGCAGGAGCCAUUGGGUCUCUCAUGAGUUGCAAGGGUCUCGUCGAACUCAUUGUGCUCAACGUCGGCCUGUCUGCCGGCAUUCUUUCGCAGCGGGUCUUCUCGAUGUUUGUUCUGGAGGCGCUCCUCCUGACUUUCCUCACAACUCCUGCGGUGACUGUGUUCUACCCGCCUCACCUCCGGGUUCGUGCGGGUCCUGGUGGCGACCCCGACUGGCGUGCACAGAAGGAAACUCCUGAAGAUGCCACAUCUGCGUCCGAGACCGCCAAACGAUCACAGGGGGACGAUGACAGCAAGAAGACUCGUUUCACGGUCAUCCUGGACAAGAUUGAGCAUCUCCCCGGCAUGCUCUCUCUCACUCAACUCAUUCUACCUUCGCCACCUCCAUACAGUGAUACCGAUCCUCGCUCUGUGACUUCAGGAUCUACUGUUGACGCAUAUAAGGAUGGUGCAAGCCCUGAGCCCGUCUCCACGCCCAUGUCUCUGGAUGCGAUCCGUCUCAUCGAGCUUUCUGAUCGCACGUCUGCUGUCAUGAAGUCCUCCAACAUCGAUUCUCUAACCGCCUCGGACCCGCUCCUCGACAUUUUCACCACUUUUGGGGCGCUCCAUGGUGUCGAUGUCUCCACCUCACUCUCCAUCGUACCCUUCGACGACCUCGGCGCAUCUGCCGCCGAGCGCGCUACCAGGCGGGAGUCUCAGCUCAUCCUUGUCCCUUGGUUCCCCCCACAUGUCUCCAUCGACAUCGGGCACGCCAACAUGACGCACGCCAACGCCACAGCGAGCGGCUUCGGGGGCCACGGAGGCGGCGCCAUGCCCACUCCUCGUUUGAGCAGCAUUCAAAACCCCUUCGAGGCAAUGUUCCGUGCGACGGCUGCAGGUGCAGAAGAACGCGACGGUCCCCUCAUCCACGCCCAAUUCGUCCGAGGCCUCUUCGCCGCAGCCAAGACCGACGUCGCUCUCUUCGUCGACCGCCACACGCCCGGAACGUCGGGCAAAGGCGCGGGCAUGGGUGCCGCGAUGGGUCGUGCGGGUCGCUACCGGCUGUUCGUUCCGUUCUUUGGCGGACCGGACGAUCGCCUGGCACUCGACUUCGCGGUGCAGCUGUGCGCGAACCCCAAGAUCAGCGCGACUGUGGUGCGCGUCACGAAGGCCGAGGACGCGGCGGACGCAGAAACCCGCGUGCAGAGCGAAUCUCCAACGGAGAAGAACGAGGCCGUGAACACGGCGACGGUCGCAUCGGUUUUCCCGGACACCGUUUACGGCAACGCGACGACCCAAACACGCCUCCAGUCCGAGACCGCGGACAACAUCGCCUGGACGAAGUACACUCGCAACGACGAGGCGGCCCUCGCACCCGCGCUCGCACGGAUAACCUUCCUCGAGGCAUCCACCGCGAAGCCGCUCCACCACGUCGUCGACGAGGCCACCCGCAUGUGCGACCCGCAUGCGAGCCCCGGGGUGUCUGCCCCACGCCUGCUCGUCCUCGCGGGACGGUCGCGGCGCAUGGCCGUCGAGAACCACCACGCGGAGCUCAAGGCUCUCAUCGAGGAGCACGGCGGCAUCGUGAACGCGGUCAAGCGCACCGUCGGCGACGUCGCGACCGCGCUCGUCGUCGCGGGAUGCGAGGCGAACCUGAUCGUCUUCCAGGCCGCGCUCCCGUCCGACUAA